GAUGCAGCACAGCAGGUGACGGCUUUGCUGCUGAUGUCACCCAGGGGAUGGGGACACGCUCGGGGCAGUCCUGUGACACAUUUGGGGCAGGAAGUCGGGCCAGACAGCUGCCACCAUCCUGACACCACCACUAUGAAUAGCAGCAGGGUCCCUCGCCCAGCAGGGACCAGCACUCAUCCGACAUCCCUGCGUGUCUCCACUGUGUACAGCUGUGAGCCCUCGGCUUCCUGCAACGUCUAUGGGCUCUUUCCUGUCCCACUCUCUGUUUUCCAGGAGUCAUGAGACAGCAGUGACGUGAGCCCCAGAGAUGAAGAAAUUGCAGUCAGCCAUUGUGGUCACACGCUCUAUUUUCAGCCCCGUUGGAUAUUGCACAUCCCUGCAAAUUGUCCCCAAAGGCAGCCAGCUGUUGGUGGCAGUGAUUGCUGAGUCCCUGUCACAGCCUGUAGGGACCCUGCGAAGUCCUGGAGUGGGGUGGUGCAGAGUGGUGGUCUGGGGUGUCCUCUGCCUGCAUGAUCUCAAUGAUUUGGCCAGGGUCCUCUACUGGUAUGGUGAGCCCUGUGGGGCUGUGGGCCUGAGGGUGGAUGGAUGGAUGGGGCGAUGGAUGGAUGUGAGAGAGGAGAGGUGGGCAGAGGGACUGAGAUUAUUAGAUGGAUGGAUGGAUGAAUGAAUGGACGAGUUGGGGGAUGUGUCAGUGAGAGGGUGGGUGGGUGGGUGGAUGGAUGGAUGGAUGGAUGGAUGGAUGGAUGGGUGGACAGGUAAAAGAAUGGAGAACCAGGUGGAUGAAUGUCUAGAGGGGUGAUGGAAUGGACAGAUGGACAGAUAGCUGGAUGGACUAAUGGACAGACGGACAGACAGGCAGGCCCUUUGACUACAUGGACAGAUAGACAAACUGCCUCCACUCUGGAGGAGUUUCUCCUGGAAAGAAGGGUGUUCUUCCUCCUCCGUCUCUCCAGAGCUGCCCUCCAACCCCUGGCCCCACAAGGCAGAGCCCAGCCUGGCCAACACCCAUGGGUGUCCUUGGGCAGGGGACACCUUGAGGAGGAUGAGAACAAGGCCGAGGAGGCAGUGCCACCCUGUGUCCAGCAGCAGGGAGUUCUGCAGGUUGGGGGCAAUGGGAGGGGAGGGAGAAAUUUGGGGAAAAGAAUACUUCAUUUUCUGGAAGUGAGUCAGUGUUGCGCUCUUCCGCUCGCAGGGAGAUGUUAUUUCAGGAGUGUCCUCCUCUUGCCUGAGCCACCCCAUGCGAAACCAACUUCUGCUGCGGGCAGCUUUCUGUACUCAGAAGCAGGGCACUGCUGGCUGUGUUUCAGGGCUGAAACCCAGGGAAGGGAAGCGAUUUGCUCCCAGCUGGCACGGAUUGGCCAUGAUCUGGGGUUGUGACAUGCAAAUUCUGCACAUUUUGGGGCCAUGUGGCAAAGGGUGGGACUGCAGUGGUGUCAUGUUUACGGUCCUCCCCAAAUCGGGAUAUGAAGAAGGAGAGCUUCAGGUUUGGGAACCACAUGGUGGCAUCACCCCACUUUGGAUGGGUUUGCUGUCACUCUUCACAAAAAUCCAAUGGAUUAUAACAAUAAUAAAUCUCAUAAAUAGCAUUAAAUUCAACAGGAUGUGUCAGCAUCCUCUCAUGCUCCACUGCAAAGCAAAAGCAGCUUGGGCUGCGGCUGUGAUGCGAUACUCACUCCAUAACCAUGACUCUACAGGACUUUGUCAGACAGAAAACAGACUUUGUACAGCAACUGGUGCUGCUGAUGAACCCUAGCUGAUUGCACUUCCUUCCCUGCAUGUGUUGCGUGUGGUGUAGCAAUGGGAACGGGUGCAUUCCUUCCUUUUAGUGCCCUACCACAGGUCGUGGCAGAUCAAACCAGAGCAGGGCCAGCCCGGUGCGGUGCACAGUACUCAUGUCCCCAUCACCAGCAUCAUGCACCCUCCUGCUCUGAGUGGUACCCUCGGAUCUGGGGUGUCCCCAUCGACCAAGGAGAGAUUGCAGACAGACAGACAGGCUGAACAUCCUGGAGCAUUGCUGAGUGCUGAGGUCUGGAGCAGUCUCUGAGUCAUCCCGCUGCGCUCUGCAUUGCCCCAGUCUGCCGUCCCCAUCCAACCUGGCACCCACUUCUUGUCUGCAGCCCUGCACUACAGCACCAUUUGGUGAAACCCCGGCACCAGGCUGCGGUCAGAGCUGUUCACACUUCCACCAGAGGUGUGAUAUGGGGCGGCAAGGUGCCAGCCCCAUAGGUGCACCCCGGGGACAGGGGCAGACUGCAGGUGCCACCUUGACCCCAGGCUCCAGAGCUGGCACCGAUGCUGCCAACAGCCUCUAUUGGCUGAAUAUUGAUUUCAGAGGCUGAUUGCAGUUUAGUGAACACGGAGCAAGAGAGAUGCAGACCCGGGUGACUUAACGAUGUGCUUCCAUAAGAAGCUCUGCACGAUGCCCCAGGCACCCGACUCACUCCGUGCUUGGGAUGGACCUAUGAGGACUCCCUCGAGGAACUGAAUCGAAGAACAAAACUAUAUACAGCUGGCAGCAUUUUCUCCCUGCAGCCUGGCAUGCCCCGCUCAUUGGUCCCUCAGUCAUCAUUUCUCUUUCUUUCUGGGUGGGUGGGUCUGCUUUCUUCGGAGGUGGCUAAUCAGUGCACUUAAAAAGGCACUGCUUCCCCAUUGCUGGCCAGUAAGGAAGUCGCUCGCCCGCCCUGCAGCACCGCUCGGCGGCACCCGGACAUGCGGCACAACACGCGGCCCCUGGGUGUGCUGGCAGCCGUGGCCAAGGGACUCCUCCUGCUCUGGGCCGUGCCUGCACACAGCACUCAGCCCCCAUCCCCGCAGCAGACCCAGGCCUUGGUGCGGCACAUGGCCGAGGAUGCACAGGAACUCUUCAAACUCUACGAGCAGGAGCAGCACCUGCCCCACAACUUGUGCCGGGCCAACAGCUUGCUGGAGUGGCUGCGGGGGACUUUGGGGCCAUGGGAGAAGGAUCUGCGGGCACUGCAUGGCACCAUGACCCGCAUGGAGCGGGAGCUGCAGGACAUUGCCCAGCACCAGAGCAACCUCCAUCCACCCGAUGCCGCCAUCCUACACCGCCUCCGCAGCGCCCACAUGAAGGUGCGCGGGCUGCUGACCCACCUGCAGGACACCAUGGAGGCCCGCGGCAUCGUCCCCUCCACCAUCCCUCCAUCCCGGGGGCCGGCACCCAGCAAGGUGUUCCAGCAGAAGCUGCAGGGUUGCCGCGUGCUCUGGAACUACUCCCGCUUCGUGGCCAAGCUCAGCGCCUGCAUGGAGCGCAUGGAGUGCACGUGGGCACGGCGCAAGGAGAGGGGCCGGCGGAGAGGCCGGAGACGGGGAUGGAGGGCAACCAGACCCUAAAGGAGACCUCCGUGCCAACACCAAGCCUGCAGGGCUGCGCUCGGAUGUAGAGCUGUGCCCGGUGCUGGCGCCGGGGUCACUGCGGGUUGGUGACAGCCCGCCCUGCCGGAUUUUCCAGUGAUUCAAUGGGUCCGGUGACACGGCCUGACUAAGGGGCCCAGCACCCACACAUGGUGCAGCACCGGCUGUGAGUGCAGCCUGUCUGCCCCCCUGCAACCCCCCCUGCCAUCUCAGGGGGUUUGGUGACCCUGGAGAUCAGAGCCCCUGAGAGCUUGGUGUCCUUCCCGUCAUCUUGGUGUCCUUCCCGUCAUCUUGGUGUCCUUUCCAUCUUGGUGUCCUUCCCAUCUUGGAGUCCCCACUCAUGUGGUGUCCCUUCGAGCUUGGGGUCCCUAUUAGUUUUGGGACCCUUCAAGCUUGGUGUCCUUGUGAGCUUUGUGUUCCCACUCCCUUGGUGUCCCUAUUAGCUUUGUGUCUCUGCAAGUCUUGGUGUCCCUUCAAGCUUGAUGUCCCCACUCAGUUGGUGACCCCACCCGCUUGACAUCCCUAUGAGCUUGGGGUCCCCGUUAGUUUUGUGUCCCUCCUACCUUGGUGUCCCUUCAAGUUUGGUGUCCCCACUCAAUUGGUGACCCCACUCACUUGACGUCCCCACUCAAUGUCCCCGCACACACAGUGUUCCCUCUCAGCACCCUCAUGAGCACACUGAGCUCACCUCUGUGUUUUCCUCCUCACCCCUCCUCACCCUCUGUCCCCAUCAUCCCCGUGCCCACCCCGUUCCCUCAUCACCUCACACUCCUAGGACGCCCCCAGGUGUUGGGCACAGCCCUGUGCUCUGGCAGUGGGCACCGACCCCCCCAUAACUUAUACGUGACAGUGGUUCCUGUAUUUAUUGAAGCCAUCAAAUUAAUUUAACGCUUCCCCAGGCUGGGGACGAAUAUUUAAGUUUACACUUUUAAUAUAUAAAUGGAUAUCUAUUUUUGUUAUUUUUUUUAUUGUAUUGUGUUAAAGUAUAAAUGUGAUGAUAUUUUAUUUAUGAAUGCAAAUAUUAUUUUGUACUGGAAGAGGGGACCAACCCUUUAUUUUUCUAUGGCAGCAGAUGGAAAUAAAGUCUUGACCUCGGCCUGUGGGCCGAU